UUAAUAGAUACGUAAGACGAGUCAAGCAAACGGUGAAGUCAUAUGGUCUAUUGACUUUGCAAAACAUCAUUUAUAAUUACGCUUGCGUUCAUGUAAUAUUGUGUUUUCCAAGGUUGUAAAGGAUAAUCGCCAAUGUUUUACGUUGUGACUCUGUGAUUAUGUUAUUUAACCAUUCAACAUUAGGCGUAACACGUCGCUCGAAAGGAUCAGAUGUGAAAAAUUAAGUGGAGGUUCAAAAGUACAUAUCGGACAAAAUUUUAACGAUAUAAUCCGUGGUAGUACAAUGUGUGACGACGUAAUGUUUAACGACACAAAAUAAUGCGAACAUUCAUCAUGACGCAUAAAAAUUCAAGGCGUGGAGACGCAGUAGCGAGGAGCACCGAUCGUUACUCGUCCGCGUAUGUAGCACGACAGAGGGAGGAAAUCCUUCGACAUAUCAUCAUUCGGCUGCUCGCUUCGAUGUGCGGUUAGUUUGUUCCGAAUAAUCGUUGAAGAAGAUGUGACCAUUAACGAAGGUGUCGUUACAGAGAUUCGUGAAAAAUGACAAUGUUUGUUAAAAAUACGUGUACCACAAAAGAGACAGCCAGAUAGUAUUUGAGAGAAAGCAACAUCAGUUUUCGUGUGUACCAACAAUGCUGCGUUACGUACGGUCUUAUUCAUGAAUAGUAGAAAACUCCCCCACGAUUUAUUGACUUCGUGAGAGGAACCAUUAAGGGUAGACACCGCCUAGCUGACCACCUUUUGCUAAGAGUUGUCAACAUUGUAUUUCAUGUGAUACAAACUGCAGGAUAGUUAUGAAGUACUGACAAGAAAGUAUCCGUGUUUGAAACAAUCAUAAGGGAAUAUAUGAAACCGUAAUACCAUUACAGGCUUAAUCGUAUCCAAAAUACUUAGAGAAAAUGAAAAAAAGAUUAUUUCUAUGUUUCAUUUGUGCCGUUAUACUUUUCAUCUUUAUGAUCUCCACCGACGAUGACUUUAUCGAGCAUGUAUCGCCGUACUUGUAUCUCAGCGAUUCUUACGAUAUCACAUGUUACGAAGAACCAAAUUCCGCAGAUAGUUUUCCUGAUUUUAAUCCAAAAUCAGUGUCGAACAAUGCAAUAUCGGAUAGAAACAUCUUCUUUCACGAGACAUCCUGCUUCCAAGAUGGUUUGGUUUUGAACGCUCGUCAAGCAUGUGCCGUCGAAUCCGCGGCUAAGAUGAAUCCAAACAUGAAUGUGUAUCUCUUGUUUGUAUCCCCUUCAAAGAUUUCCAAUCAAUCGAAGGAACUUUUCAAACAGUUGGAAACUUAUCCAAACAUUCAUUUGGGACAUAUUUAUCCAGAUGAAUAUGUGAAAAACACACCUCUGGAUUUAUGGUACAAAAGUGGAGUACUAAAAAAGAGUCGAUGGCCAAGAAGUCACAUGUCAGACAUACUUCGAUACUUGACCCUAUGGAAAUAUGGAGGCAUAUAUCUAGAUCUGGACGUAGUCGUCACCACAUCUUUGGAGCAUUUAACGAACUUUGCUGGUGCCGAAGACUGGGACGAUGUUGCUGCUGGUGUGAUAGGUCUCGACGCUACACCGCUGGGUCGUCGUGUGGCCGAUGCUUGUAUUCGAGAUUUGAUGAAAAAUUUUCGAGGUAAUGUUUGGGGUAACAAUGGACCUGGUGUAAUCACUCGAAUUCUACGAAGAAUCUGUUCUGCAAAAUACGUUCGAGAUAUGACUCCUGCUCGAUGCGGCGGCUUCAAAGUUUACUCACCGUCAGCCUUCUACCCGGUGCACUACAAAAAAUGGAAGAUGUAUUUCGAAACGAAGGACAAGAACGCCACAAUGAAAAUGUUGAAGAAAGCUCUGGCUAUUCACGUAUGGAAUAAACUCAGCAAAUCAAUGGAGGUGCAUGUGAACAGUGAUGUUCCUUACGCGAUCAUUGCACGAAAGCACUGUCCAAAAGUCUUUAAUAAUUGUGGAAGUAUAUUUUAAUGCAUUGAUUGCCAUAGGAAUUUAUAUAAGUGAUUUAGAAGACAUUUGUAACUAUUAAAAAAUUAUAUUAAUAAUAACAGAAAGUACAUUGAAGCUGCUUAAGAGUUGAACUAGAUAAGAAAUUAUUUAUUAAUAUUGUUUGCACAAUCUAACCAUGCGCCGUACGAGGCUCGGUUAUUUCUACCGCAAAAGUCAACUCUGUCGAUUAUCAAUUAAGUGAUAAUCUGAAAAUAUAAUGAUAUACAAACAUGUACAAGUGUAGUUCGUACAAUAUUCUGUGCUAUACUGUGCAAUGUCACUUUUUUAUAACAAACUCGGUGCUAUGUAUAUACACUACAGAUAUUAUAAGCAGACUUACGUUAACAUUCGUACGUCGAUGUCUAUGAAAUAUCCUGAUUUACGUUGUAAAAAAAAAACGUAUAGACAAACAAAAAUAACGCUAAAUAUACAGAAGUUGUACAAAAUUUGUCUUUCUAAAGAUGAUCUUGUAUUCUAAGUAGUACGCUAAUAGUCCAUAUUUCCGUUGUUUAUGCAGUUUCGAAAGGUAAAAAAUUUAUUAAAGGACGUACGAUUUUGACAAUACGAAAGACCAAGUUUGAAAAAACAUUAAAAACGAUAGCAAUACGUGUAUUACAUGUAGUAAAAUAUUAAUUGCGACAAACACGAACAAUCAUUGCGAAAAGAAGGCGUCGAGGAUUUUUUAUAUUUAUACGUGACUUGAUCUAAUUAAGGGAUUCUUUUAGAUUAAAAGACAUUUGAAAUAUUUA